AUGCCCGCCGCCUCCCAUGCGCUUGCGCUGCCCGGGGAUGGAAAGCCGAAGACGGAGUUUCAGAGACACGCGAAGAAGCUCCUGGACAAGCACUGCAAGAUCGACGUCAAUGACGAGUGGCAGCCCGUAGAUGACCAGAAGAUUGCACAGUUGCGUGGCAUUCUCUCCGCGCUGCACGAGGAGAACCAGUCCACUCAGCUCCUGAGGGUCGAAAGCGAGGACCGCGAGGCGCAACUUGCGCUGAAGGCCACGCGGAAAAGCGUUGAGACGCGGCUGGCCUUCUGCAAGGAGAAGGAGAUGAUGUUCAUGAAGAAACAGGAAGAGUUGAGACGCCAUGUCUUGGACAACCAGAAGUCGCUGCAGGAUCUCGAGGCACAGAUCGAAAAGAGCGAGAGAAAGGCGCUCGAUGAGCAGGCGCAGAGUCGGCGCCUGGAUGGGGAGAUCCGGGCUUUGGAGAAGGAGCUCCAAGAGAAGGAGCAGCAGCGCGACACCGAGCAGGCGAAAAUCGGGAAGAUGGCGCAAUACAAGAACUUCCUCGAGCAUGUGAUCCACGAAAGCCAGGAAGAGUUUGGGGAUGACAUCGAGGUCCUGAUGAAUCGCUACGCGACGUUGGAGGGAGGCAGCCAGGAGCUGACCCAAGGAAAUGACGACCUCUCCAUGCGGUUGGACCGCGUCCGUGAUGAAUGUGCGCGAGUUCAGACAAAGCUGCAGAAUGAGCACCUGGCCAUCAGCAGCCAGCUGCACAAAUGCCAGGUGGAGCUGGAGCAACAUCUUCAAGAGAGCCAGGAGCUGGAGGGGCGCCUCAACCGGGCUCUGGAAGAGAAGGAGCUGAAGGAGAGCCAGGUCGGAGUUAUCUCCAUGGCCAUCGAGCAGCUCUUCUCUCGCACAGUCAACUCUUGCAGACUGCCUCAGCGGAAGAAGGACGCCACAGAUGUCAAGUUCGCUCCUGUCCGCGGUGACAAGAGCGACGUGCGUCUGGAAGAGAUGUUCAAGCAGAUUAUCGAGCGGGUGGAAGAUCUGCAGGCGGAGAUGCACAGCACCGUGCAGCUGGGCCGGGAGAAGCCCAAGGAGGAAGAGGCCCUCUUCGAUGAGAGGGGCUUCAUGGAGCGCGUGAAGUUCCUCUACCAGCGAAGCACCUUCCUCAGAGAGCGGCAGGGUCUUGGACGUUUUGUUCGGAGAGAGCCUGGAUUCAUGAGCAGGCAAAGUCGUGCGAGAGUGUUGCACUGGGCAGGUGAAGAUGAUGUUCGACGCAGGCCGGAGAGGGUUACGCUUGGCUUCAGGGCUUCGGUUUCGGGGUCAAGAAAUACACACGCCUAA